AUGGCCCCUCAUCAGAACCCCGCACCUGAUGUAGGGGACGAAGAGGAGGAUGAUUACAUGUCUAUGGUGAUUGAGGAGCCGCAGCAGAAAGAAACGUUUACCCAGAAAAAACGCCGACAACAGAGAGAGGCCGAAGCUCGAGCUAAAGUCCCAUCCAAAGCAGAACGUGCAGCCCAGGAAGCCGAACGUCGUGAUGCCGCCUUAGCCACCAGCACGCUUAACCCCUCCAACAAGGGAUUCCAAAUGAUGGCCAAAUUGGGGUUCAAGCCAGGACAAGCAUUAGGUAAAUCCCAAGGUGAGAGAGUAUCAAAUCAAAAAUCCGAUAGCAAAAUCGGCGGCCGAGCAGAGCCACUCAAUUUGGUGUUCAAGGAGGACCGGGGUGGUAUUGGUCUGGACACUGAAAAAAAACGCAAGUUCCGGGAAGAGGCUGAAGAGGCAGUGAAGAAAGUAAAGCAGGAAGAGGGUGAUUACCGUGAUCGCGUCCGCAUUGAGCGGGAGACGCGACGUACAGAAGCUCAAUUUCACGCUGCGCAGAAGGUUGCCGAACGACUGGAUGCGGAGGCAGAGACAGGAGAUGGGAAGACCGUCCAAACGAAGCGUGGAAAGACCCCGACUGAACAUGAAGAAGAGGAAUCUGAAGAUACGACCAGUGGAUCAAAUAACCCGCAGCCGAAGGUCAAGGUCAAACCGACCUCGCAAGUCAACAUCCUAUAUCGCGGGCUCGUCCGUGAGCGGGAGGAGAAAGAACGUUCCAUCCAGGCUCGGCAUCUAUUGCAAACGUCCCUGCCAUCGUCAUUCUUCCCCAACCCGCGGUUACCAGGGUAUGACGACGACCCGACGCUGGAACGGGAGGAUAAAGUGGCGCUCGACAACAAACCUGACAUCUCAACUAUCCUUGAGCAGGAGCUUGACGAAGAAGACCCAGAACUGGACGAGUUUAAUGCACUCGAGCCGAGCGAGCGACUGGCCCGGAUAGUGCAGUAUCUGCGCGAGACACACCAUUACUGCUUUUGGUGUAAAUUUCGCUAUGAGACCGGAGAAAUGGAGGGAUGUCCAGGUGUGACCGAGGAGGAUCAUGAUUAA